AUGGCAGGUGGUCUCACCCAGGACGCUGACCCGUCGAUGGUUAAUCCGGCCCUGAGGGUCAGUGACGAGGCGCAUUUCUACAUACCCAGCCUUGGUGAGGCGACUCCCGAAUCUACCCCCACACCCGGCGUCAUCAACAUCAACACCGCCACGGUGGAGGAGCUUCAGACACUCCAGGGCAUCGGGGAGCAGAAGGCCGGCGACAUCGUCCACUACCGCGAGGAGAACGGCCCAUUCUCCAGGGUAGAGGACCUUCUGAAGGUGAGCGGCAUCGGCUCCAAGACCCUUGAAGACUUGCGACCCCUGAUUACGGUCGGGUAG